UAGCUGUUUCGGUUGGAGGAGAGAUGCAACACUAUCUGGUCUUCAGCUUGUUCACUGUCCUUGUCAUCGUCGUCUGCAGCACACACGGUAGUGUGAAGGCGACCGAGGUGGAUGGCGAGUGUGGGACAGUGGGUAAAUUCUGUGAUAUGAGUGGAUCGCGAAACUGCUGUCCUCCACACGAAUGCAAAAUGUUGAAUGAGAGAGAAGGUGCGUGUGUCAGGGGCGAGAGUGAGUGUCUUCCACCGAAAUCACAGUGUCAGAGUGACGCUGAGUGUUGCAGCCAGAGUUGUGUUGAUGGGAAUUGCAAAGACAAAUAGAUCCGUCUGUCCAUCUAUCUAUCUACCUAUCUAUCUCUCCAACUAUGUCGUCUAUCUGUCUCCCUGUUCCACCGCUCUGUCUACA